AUCUGGUCUAAUUAGAAUGAGCGGCGACGGGGAGAUCGGCUCCCUGCAUACCGGCGCUGAAGGAGCUCCGUGCGUCAAAAGAGAUCCAAAGGCGAAAGAAAGGUCCGGGUAGGAUCGCCGCGGAGAGAAAGUGCCCGACGGAGCGCUGACACUCCCCACACAGACUCCCAGGCAAGACAGACGCAGCUACACAACUCUUCGUGAGGAAAGGGGGGAAGCGGAUCAUCUGAAUUCAAACAGUGCCGCUUGCAUGGCAUCCACUCUGGGAAACGGCACUCGCAGCCCGGGACAUCCGGGCGCCCAGCUGAAACGGAGGCUGAAACGCAGAAGNCCGGGACAUCCGGGCGCCCAGCUGAAACGGAGGCUGAAACGGAGAAGACGCUCUAAGAGAAAAGAAAAGAUGGGCGGGGUUUCGGCUUUCAAGCUGCUGCUGACGGAAACAGCGCGCGCAGAGGACGAGGACAGUUUGAGUACCAGCAGUGGGGAGGUGAAGGAGAACCGGGACACUGGAAACCUGGAUGAGUGCCCCAUUGGCCCAAGGUGCUGCCAGUCAUUCUUCAGCCCUGACACUACCAGAGGCGGGACUUCCGGUUUGAAAAGGAAACAGCCUCUUGAGGAAGGAAAUGGCCGGCGCCUGCGAAAGCCCGAGCCGGUCCGCAGGAAGCAGUCAUGGUCCGUCUUGCCGAAGAAUGCCUUGGUGCAUCUGAAUGAGCUCCGACCGGGCUUACAGUACCAGAUGCUGGCCCAGACAGGUCCCCGGCAUGCUCCUGUGUUCUCCGUCACCGUGGAGGUGAAUGGGCUGGCAUUCAAGGGCACUGGGGCCACGAAGAAGGCAGCCAAAAUGCGGGCAGCUGAGCUGGCCCUCGGGUCGUUCAUCCAGUUCCCCAAUGCCUCCCAGGCCCACCUGACGAUGGCCGGUGCGGAGCAGUCCCCGGUGGACUUCACCUCAGACCGGGCUGCAGACUACUUGGGCAUCCUGUUCAAGGAGUUUGAGCCAUCAGCUCACAGUGACAGGGCCCCCGAGCUCCGGAACCGGCAGGCAGCACCGCAGACGGGCUACAAGAGCCCAGUGGCACUGCUGAAUGAGCUGCGGCCAGGCCUGCGGUACCUGUGCCUCGCGGGUGGUGCCGAGGCUGGCCGGGUCCACCGCCGCUUUGUCAUGGCGCUCAGGGUGGACGGUAGAACGUUUGAGGGCUCGGGCCGCAGCAAGAGGCUGGCAAAGAGCCGGGCGGCCCUGUCAGCCCUUCGGAGCGUCUUUGGCUUGGGGCUGCCACCCAGCUGGGGGGGCAUCGGGGAGCCUGGCAGGAAGCACCCCCACUUACCCCAGGGCUUUGCCGAGUCAAUAUUCCACUUGGUGGCAGAGAAAUACAGCGAGCUGGCAGGCAGCUGCACCCCCUUGCAUGCGCCUCGCAAAGUCUUGGCAGGCAUCGUACUGACCAGAGGAUUAGAUCUCCGACGGGCCCAAGUGGUAGCCAUAGCGACCGGCACAAAGUGCCUCAACGGUGAAUACAUCAGUGACCAGGGGCUCGUGGUGAACGACUGUCACGCCGAAAUCGUCGCGCGGAGGGCGUUUCUCCGCUUCUUGUACUCGCAGCUAGAGCUCCUUCUCAGCAAGCGACAGGAGGACAAGGAGAGAUCGAUCUUCAUGUGGCGUCAGGAGGGGUACCGGCUCCGGGAAAGCGUCAUGUUCCAUAUGUACAUCAGCACGUCACCCUGCGGCGAUGCCCGGCUCAACUCGCCCUAUGAGACCACGGCGGACCCGCAUCGGCAGCUGCGCCCGGUGAGGAGGUGCCGUGCCCAUCUGCGGACAAAGGUGGAGUCCGGCGAGGGCACGCUGCCCGGGCGUUCCCGCCAGGCCGCCCAAACGUGGGACGGGGUCCUGCAGGGCGAACCUCUAGCCACCAUGUCGUGCACCGACAAGAUUGCAAGGUGGAAUGUUCUCGGCCUCCAGGGGGCGCUGCUCUCCCGUCUGGUGGAGCCAGUGUACCUGCACAGCCUGACGGUGGGCAGCCUACUGCACGUGGGCCACCUAUCCCGUGCUACGGCUCAGCGGCAGGAGAGGCUCGGUCCCCUGGCCGCCCCGUACCGACGCCACCGGCCCCUUCUCAGCUGUCUUGGCCGCAGCCCCCCCCGGCAGCCGGGGAAGCCUCCCAGUUCCAGCCUGAACUGGACGAUCGGCGACACCCAGCCGGAGGUGCUGAAUGCCUCCAGGGGCACCAGGGCCCCCUCGGGGGCCCCCUCUCGGAUCUGUAAACGGGCCCUCUUCUCCCGCUGGGCGAGGUUGCUCCACAAGCUGCCUGGACCUGGAGCAGGCGGAACGACGGAGCCGCUGGUGUAUGGAGAGGCUAAGCAGAGGGCAGGCCUCUACCAGAAGGUCAAGCAGAGGUGGUUCAGGGUCCUGCAUGAGGCUGGCCUCGGGACUUGGGUACGGAAGCCCCCGGAGCAGGACCACUUCCUGGUGUGCGUGUGAGCAUGGAUGGGGGGGGGGGGGGUGAAGGUUUACAUUCAGCCAACCCCCCCCUACUUCUCCUACACCGCUGCCAGUCCAGUCUCCCAUGGGCUGGUGAAGUAUGAGCUAAGAUGCGUGACAAUUACCCGCAAUUAGAAAGAAAACCCAGCGCCAACCAGGCAAACUGCACAGAAUAUGGGCUGCAGAGAAACUCUGAAAUGAGAUGGUGGAGACGGGGACAUUGUGAGACAGGCUAACACUGAAAUGAAAUGGCAUUAGAGGCUUUAUGAGACAGGCUAACACUGAAAUGAAAUGACACAUAGAGGCAUUGUCAGACAGGCUAACACUGAAAUGAAAUGGCACAUAGAGGCAUUGUGAGACAGGCUAACACUGAAAUGAAAUGGCACAUAGAGGCAUUGUGAGACAGGCUAACACUGAAAUGAAAUGACACAUAGAUGCAUUGUGAGACAGGCUAACACUGAAAUGAACUGACACAUAGAGGCAUUGUGAGACAGGCUAACAAUGAAAUGAAAUAACACAUAGAGGCAUUGUGAUACAGGCUAAUACUGACAGGAAACAGUAGACACAAACAGGCAUUGUGAGACAAGCUGACACUGAAAUAACACUGAUUAGUACACUAUUAUUGCACUGAACUACUUAGUGCAGGUAGACUAAAGCUGUGCUCAGUCAGCCAAGUGGCAUGAAAUGUGACAUUCUGACAUUCAAUUUUCCCCUCACUGCUCCCCGCCCCAGUCUCACUCAGAAAAUAGGGGCAGAUCUUUGCACCAAGGAAACAAAUUUUGCACCGGCCUUGUAUCCAGAACAAAACCCAAGAGUAUAAAAUCACAUCAACCCGGUGCAUUAAUGGCGCCAUUCAGUGCCCCCGAAAGUCGAGCCACAUCAUCUGCCGUCAUCGCCUUUCUGUGGUACACCAUGUUUCUUUAGCAGAGAGCACUCUUGGGAUGGCCGUUAUUCACGGCCCCCCCCGCCCCCCGCGCCGCUUCGCCUCUAAAAGAUGAGUGGGUCUCCUUAAGCAUGGAGCUUAUAAAACACCCAGUGUCAGGCGAAGCGAGUGACUCUUUAGCGUGCAGAUAAUGGGUAUUACAUGACCUGUAACAGCUUUGCCCCGGGCAUAACCCGCGAGCUGGCCCACAGUAGGCACUGCCAGAUGGAGGCAGCCAUUUUGCAAUUACCGUUAGCAAAGCCUAUAAAAGUAUAUGAAAAUUUUAAUUACAAACAGUCUCGACGGCGGGAGCAGUGUUGUGAUACACGGGCAGUACUGCCACCCCCCAUCCCCACCUUAAACUUGUGAGCGAGAUUACUUUUCCACCAGAAGCCUCAGACUGGUGUGUGUUUAACAUUUAGUGCCAGUGGGCCUGACGUCUGGGCUCAGCCAGGCGGCCCAGGCAGGUCGCUGCGAGAGGCUUUGGGAGUCGUCAGAAUUCACGACCAAAGCUAAAAGCUAAGCGCGUCUUGGAGAGCAAGAUGGGGUCGGCUAAAAGAGAAGUGUCACCGUCUCUGUAAUAGUACAAAUCACUGAAAGACAACUGGUAAUGUCUGGGAAUGUUUGUGUACUACAGAGAUAGUCUCCAAAUAUUGUCUCAGUUAAACCGCUAUCUCUAUAGUAAACAAACAUUCCCUGGCAUUCCCAGUUAUUUCAAUAUUCAUCAUCUUCAUCCAUCCAUCUUCUGUAACCACUUGUCCUGUUCAGGGUCACAGGAGGUUCAGAGCCUAUGGACACAAGGCGGGGAACAACCCAGGAUGGGGUGUCGACCCAUGUCAGAAUGCACUCACACACCUAUGGGCAAUUUGGCAACUCCAGUGAACCUCAGCAUGUUUUUGGAUUGGGGGAGGGGAGAUAAUGCAAAUUCCAUACAUGUGGAAAUAUGGCAAAGACUUGAACCCUGUUCCAAGAGGUGUAAGGGCACAGUGCUAACCACUGCACCACCAUGCCAUCAUCGUCAUCGUUAUAAUCAAACAUCUAUCCCAAGUUUUCUAUGACAACUUUGACAAGUUUGAAGCUUUACAUAUUUAACAUGGAAGCUUUUACUCAUAAACUUUUCUCUUUAUUAGGAUCCACAAAAGCAUAUUUAAGGCACCUCAGCCAUGUCAGUGGUAGAUAUUGCUCAAACAGGAGUAGGGUUUAUGUUGGGUUUAUAAUUUUGUAUCUUAAGGGACAGUGACAUCUAGUGGUCAGAAAUUACAUCUGCACUCAGACAAGUGCUUAAAUCAGGGGUGGGCAAUCGAAUCCGCAAAGGGCCAGUGUCUACGCAGGUUUUUGGGAUAACCUGUAGGUCAGCUGUUCAAACCCAGGUGUGAGGACUCUUCAGCCAAUCAGUCGAAUUUAGUGACCUAAUUAGGGAGUUGCAGCGAAAACCUGCAUAUCCAAUGGCCCUUUCUGGAUAAGAUUGCCCACCCCUGGCUUAGAUCCACAAAGCAACCCAUCUGCCCAAGAGGCAACUUAGUCUUUUACCAUGAGGAUAAGGUCAGGUCCCUAAAGGUGGUUUAUCAAGCAUCCAGCCUAAUAAAUAACUAAACUAAUGUGCCACGAAAAAAUCUUCCACUGGCAUUUUUUAAGGAAAAAGACGAGUGUCACAGGUGUCACUUGACUAGCUGAGAACAGACAUAUUUGUUCAACUUUGAAGUGUCAUCCUCACUCUGUCUUAAAACGCAGGUAAACGUGUAACUUACCCCGAGAGUGCAGCUCUCCGAAUUCAGCCAUGAAAGGCCAUUCAUUUCGUGCGGGAAAAACAAUCACCAAAUCACAUGUCUAGGAGAUUUAUUCUGAGAAUGAGUACAGAAAACCACUUGUGUUUCAAGGUGAACUUGCCUCAGAAAUUCAUGUAUAUAAUGUGGAUCUUUCCACUUGGCACCAAACCAGUUUUCAUGUCACCCACUACGCUGGAAUCCGUUCCGGAUUUCCGUUCCCGUUCUUGUAUUUGGACACCAUGCAGAUAAUAGUGCGCGGUGAUGAAACUUCACCAGGAUGACACCGGAUUCCACUGCACUGAAACCCCGAAUCACAAGUGACUUUGUCUGAUCCAGCCUGGUUACAGCAAGCAGCCCCUCAUGCUUUGUGCAUGAAAGUAAUAUAUGUGUAAAUAAUUACAUUUGAACGGUCUAAUCAGAGCUGUGUUCCUAGCAUUUGUUUAUAAGAAAUAAAAAAAGAAUACAGAUGUAAAAUAUGUAUAGUGAACUUCUGUACAUUAUCAAUUGUUUUUUUUUUUGUCCUAGUAAAUAAAAAUUGUGAAUUUAGUGAA